GAGCCCAGGACUUUUCUCUUAUUUUCAGUGCCUUUGCAACGAUUGUCAUUUGUUAAGUUUUAAUACUGUUUGGGAUUUUUGUUUUGCUUCGGUUUUGUGUGUGUGUUUGUUCUUCCCCCACCCCCAUAGCUUUUGGCUGCUCCUUUCCGUUUAGAUCCUUAUUACAGGCGACUCCAGUGCGACUAACUUCAAACGAAUAAGCAAAGCAACCCUCUCCUGUUUCUCAUGGUCAAACAUUGACCAAACAAACUUAAUCGAGAUUGAAGUAAUCGAGUAAACAACAGCAACAACACUGUAAGUUCAGUGAGCCCACAAUACAGUUUUAUGAAUGUGUUCUAUGCAUUGGUGGCUCACACCAAAAAUGGUUUUAAAGGUAUUAAAGAACUGCAGUAUUUAGCUGAGGUGAGCUGAAGCUGUUCCUUUUGAAUCCCGCAGAUAAUCCAGUUAUUCUGGUUUAGAAUUAGUUUUGAUUGAACUGGACAGUGUUGUUGUUUUUAAUUACCUUUGUUACUAUAAAAAAAGACAAUUGGAGAGGAAACUAUUUUUCAAUAACAUUUUUCAAUGAGUUUUAAAAAUAACUUGUUUUAAUCUGUUAAACUAAAUAUAGUAGGAAAAUAUAUUUUUCUAUCACGAUUUUAUAAUACUUUAGUCAAACUGAUCAGUAAAACACAGAUUUUAAAAUAUCAGCAAUGAAUAGAUGGGUCCAAAUAAAAAGAGCCUACAUCUUGUCAUUUUUUCUUUGACCUAAUAUAUUGUAGAAUGUGUCUCAUUUAUUACUUUAAUUAUCUUCACUACCAUCUUGCUAUCCAUCCUGUAGUUUCUCAUUAAAAAGAAAAGCUAUUGUUUACUUUGCAAACAGGAAGUGCAACUUAUUUUUUUUUUAAAUAUGAAGAUGUAAUUGGUAAUAAUCAUGGCCUUCAAAGGUCUCUUGGAAUAUAUAUGUAAUCACAAAUUCUUUCCUGUGAAUGUGAGUAAAAGACUGGUUUCUAUUUCACAGCUUUAUUUAACUGAACUAUUUCUUGUACUGUUGAAUUUUAUAUAAACCAUAAUGAUUAUUGAAGAAAAGAGAUUGUUGUAGGCAUAUAUUUAAAGAAGUCAUGUGAUGGUGGGAUCUCGGAUGGACAGGAAGGGCUGAUUGACCUUGGACCCUUUCUGAAUGCAGCAUUGCUCAGUAAGAAGCAGUUAGUAGUUGUGUUUUCAUAGUUACACAGUGUAUAGGCCCACUAGAGUAACACUUCUGGAACAGUUUGGUAUAUGUUAAGGCUAGAGUAAGAUUUACAACCAAUGAGAUUCACUCAGGAUCCACAACUGGUAGCCUUUGACUGAAUAUGAAGGGAAAAAAAGUAGCUUUAACCUUCUUACUUUUAAUCUAAUGUGCUUCCAGAUGAAACUGUUUUUUACUUCCUUGUUGCUUUGCCUUGACAGGCCUAAAAAGGAACCUGACCACUUGCCCAUUUAGCUUUUGUUUGAUUAUUGAAAAUAACAUUGUUGAAUUGCUACUUGAAACAAUAAUGAAAUACAUUUCUCUUUAAAUAUAUUUUAAAGGAGCCUGUCAGUGUUGGUGUGAGGACUCCCCCAGGAAAGAAAACGUAUUUACUUGCAAAUUCAGUGCUAUAUAUAGAAGAGUUUUUUUUCACAUGAUUUAUAGUAGCCACCUUCUAAUGCAACAGAUUUUUGCUCUACUGUCUGCUAAAAAUUCCCCUUUUCUAAAGGUACCUCUUUCUUAUUUAAAUGAAUAAGAACGGAUUUAGUUUUUCCAGUACCACAAUAUAUCAUUUAGAAAAAGGCAUUCUGGAAAAUAGAAUUUAUAUCACUGGAAAUUAAACUAAAAUAAUAAAUCCAGGUUUCUAAAGGCAGUUUUGCUCAUUUGGAAUCAGACACCUCAUUUGGGAUUAAUUGUAAAGCAGUUUUUACUAUAUCUUUUACGCGUGAUGAAGCAUUUUGCAUUGUGUAUCGGUGAGGCAUUUGAAAUCUCACACAUAAUUUGUUGAAAUUUCACUCAUUCACUUACAAUUUGACACUCCUGCAGGCUGCAACUCUGUAGGAGCAAGCUUUUGAGUUAUAAAAAUUUACUGAUUGACAGGUGCUGAGAAAAGUGAGCUGUUCUCAGUGUCCUAGGAAAGCAAAUUUAAGGUUGCAGUUAACCCUUUAAAUGGAUAAAAGUGACUUGCUAUAUUUGCAUACUUGUCAGCAUUUGAAUGCCAUUCAGACAGCCUUUAAACACCAUUGUAAUACAUUUGAGCUAGGAUAUCUUUUUUUAGAGCAGCUGUAUGGGAACAUCUUAUUGAGCUUUAAAAAAACAAAGACUGCUUCUUUCCCUCCCACAUUUACAUAGGGACAGUCAACACGUAUGGAUUAGGAGUAAAUGAUGGUGUAAAUUAUCUUCCUAAAGAACAACUUGGGCCAGGAAAAUUCUUUAACAUAUCUAAAUAGCCUAGUGAGGAUGAUAUAAUUAUGCCCUACAGGAAAGGUUGGGGCAGAAGUGGAACAUCCUUAAUCUAGGCUAUUAACAUAUUAUUGCAUAUGGAGUAUUCAUCCUCCUGGAACCCAGGUUAGAGAAGAGAGGGUGACUCCCCGCUUUCAACGUGCUAUGAAUCUGAUUCUCCUGCAGCCCAAUGUAGCGCAGAGGGGAUACGCACUGACCCUUUAACAUGCUGCUGAAUAUGGUGCUGUGAGGGCAGAGCGGAGACCCCCUGGACACUUAUGUUACUGAUGUUGAAUUGUGGGGGCAGACAGGAGACCCCCUACCAGGCCCCGCCGUGAGCGGCAGUAGCCGCCGUAGUGUCUUACUGGCAUGCUCUUCUCCAAUAAUCACCCUGAACUGUAGCCAAUUGUUGCAGGAUUCGGCCGUGGAACGUUCCCGGGAGGGAAGCAUUGUGACGUCAGCGCACCUACUAAUCCUCCCAAUUGAGGGGGAGCCUGGAGCCAUGAGGUCAUCGCAGCGGCCAGUGUAGCCAUCCGGGCGGCGGCAGCGGCGGGGGAGGGGAGAGCAGAGAGCGGAGCAGAACGGGCAGCGGGCCCAAGCGAGGCCGACUGGGAGCCUGCCGCCGCGCUCCAGCUGUACUGAGGCGGACGCCGAGCUCCUGCAAGCAUGGAGGAGGCUGAGGCGAAGGAGCUGCAGGUCGGCUCCUGGCUACCCGUGCUGGUGGAGCAGAUGGUGAACGACACGUUGGUGGUCACCUUGAGCUGCGGGGAGAGGCGCUUCACUGGAAUCCUCCUAGACUGCACUAAAAAGUCUGGGUUGUUCUGUCUUCCACCACCUUCAUUGCCAAAGCAAGAGGAACCUCCUGCUGAUGCUUGCACUAACUGGGUUCCUGAAGACAGACAGCCUGUGAAGGGUGAGACUGAGUCACAGUUUUCUAGUGAAAAACCUCCCAAAGGAAACCAUGAUGAACAGGUUCCUCCUCUUUUGCCACCUCCAUCACCAGGCAAUGUUCCUCCUUACCCUCCCUAUUUUGAGGGAGCUCCUUUUCCUCCUCCCUUAUGGUUAAGACACACAUAUAACCAAUGGGUUCCUCAGCCACCACCAAGGACUAUAAAGAGGACAAAAAGACGGUUGUCACGAAAUAGAGACCCAGGAAGGCUCAUCAUGAGUACUAUUAGACUGAGGCCCAGGCAAGUGCUCUGUGAAAAAUGUAAAAACACUCUGAACCCAGAGGAAGCGAACAAAGCCAGGCAAAAUGCUAAAACAAGGAGGAAGCUAAGUAUUCAGGACAAGGAGCAAAAAAAGCACAGUGAUUCUGAUUAUGUGGAGAAAAGGAAUAAAAGAGAAAAGAGGGAGGAAGACAAAUUUUCUGGGGAAUUAGUGCAUCGAACUCCAGUUAUAAAAAUAUCCUACAGCACGCCACAAGGUAAAGGCGAAGUUGUGAAAAUUCCCUCCCGGAUUCAUGGCUCGGUUAAACCGUUUUGUCCACAGCGGAUAUUGCAGAAUGGAGGGGAGGACCAAGAGGAGAACAGAGACUCUGAACGAUAUCAGGAAACCAAAUGUUUUAUGGAUAAGUCGGCAAGCAGCCAACUUGCUUCCAUUCCAAAACUGAAAUUAACUAGGCCUGUGCAUUCCAGUGCAGAUGUUCCACCUCCCAAAAUCAGACUGAAACCUCAUCGAAUAAAUGAUGGUCAGAGUGUUUCCAUUUAUAAAGCAGAACUUAUUGAUGAGAUAAAUGACCUUCAGAGUAGCAGGGAGUCCAAUCCUUCUGUAUUUUACACUGAUGAAUCUGCAGAUAGAAGUUUAGCAGAGAUGUCUUCAGGGAGUUCAGGUGACGAUGAUGACUUCAAAAGAUUUCCCCAAGGUAAAGAUGGACAUGAUAACUUGGCUUUUCUUAUGAAUUAUCGUAAAAGGAAGGCAGAUUCUUCUAGUUUAUCGGUGUGUAGCAAUGACAGUCUAGAUGAAUCCAAAUCCUCUAGUUCAGAAGUAACAUCACCAGAAAUGUGUGACUUUUUACCUGGUGAUGAUGCGUCUGUCUCUUCAUCUUCAAAAGAUGAGCGUAAAAUUGUGCCACCAUUAACAGUUAGACUACAUACACAGAGUGUCUCUAAAUGUGUCACUGAAGAUGGAAGAACUGUUUCAGUGGGGGAUAUUGUUUGGGGUAAAAUUCAUGGUUUCCCAUGGUGGCCGGCACGUGUUCUUGACAUAAACCUUAGCCAGAAGGAAAAUGGAGAACCUUCCUGGCGAGAAGCUAAAGUAUCAUGGUUUGGUUCUCCAACAACCUCAUUCUUAUCUGUUUCAAAACUCUCUCCUUUCUCUGAAUCUUUCAAACUGAGAUUUAAUCGUAAGAAGAAAGGGAUGUAUCGGAAAGCUAUUACAGAAGCUGCAAAGGCAGUAGAGCAUCUGACCCCAGAAAUAAGAGAUCUCUUAACACAGUUUGAAACAUAACUUUGCCUCCAGUACCAGGUAACAGAAGAUAAGAGCACAGCUGUUCUCCUAGAGUUUCAUGAAGUCUGUAAACAUCCUGACAUGCUCCCCAGGAGAAUCUUGAGGUUGCCAUGCAGAUGACAGCAGGAUGAGUUUCCUUGUCAGAUUGCACUGCUUAUCUGUGAAGGGUGACGGGCACCUGGACUGGAGUUAGGAGACUCUUUUGGUGUGAGGCUGACAGGAAAGUCUUAAGGAUAUCUAACCGAAAACAAGGGAAUUGACAAGUAAAGCAGUGAACUAGGAGAAUAGUGAAUACCACAACUUGGAAUGUAUUUAUUACUUAAAACUAGCUACUCUUGAUAAAAUCCCAAAAAUUAUUGCUGCUGCUUAUUUUACUUACAGAUUUCACACACUUGUUAAUUUUAAAGCUACAAAACUUUUACUAUAUACUGUAUUCUAAGAAAUGUAAUUGGAGCAGGACAUGCAAUAGAAUGAAAUCAGUGUAGUGUCUUAAGUACAAUGGACUCACUUUUGUGUCAAUUAAAACUUGGAAAAUGUGCAACACAA